AUGGCUUCCUCAUCACGGGCUACUACUUCAUCUAUCUCUUCCAAUCGGCGGCCUUCUUCUUCUUCUUAUGAUGUGUUUAUCAAUUUCAGAGGUCCAGAUACUCGCACAAACUUUGUCUCUCUGCUUUACAGAAAUCUGGUAAGAGAGGGAAUCCAGGUCUUCAUAGAUAGCGAAGAACUCUGGGAAGGAGAAGAGAUUUGUCCGUCGCUGCUAAGAGCAAUCCGAGGUUCUAGUAUAUCAAUUCCUGUCUUCUCUAAAAACUACGCAGAUAGCAAAUAUUGUCUUUUGGAACUUGCUGAGAUGUGGGAGUGUCAUUUAUCUAGAGGUCAAACCAUUCUGCCCAUAUUCAUCGAUGUUGAGCCACGAGAUGUUCGACAUCAGACUGGAAGUUUUGACUUAGAAUCCACAUCUAAUCCGAUAGUUGGGCUUAUUAAGUUACUAUGUCAGAAUCCGAUAGUUGGGCUUAUAAAGUUACUAUUUCAGAAUCGCCAGAGGAAGUAUGAACCAGAUGACGUAAAGAGUUGGAAGAAUGCUUUGACAGAGGUGGGGAAACUAAAGGGAUGGACUCUCAAGGGAGAUGCAACUAUUGAGUAA